AUGUUUAAACAACGCCAUUUCAUAGUCUUCAUAACCAUAAUCUAUUCAGUCGUAGUAGCAAAUAUUCAAGAUGAAGAAUAUUUUAUUAAGAAUGGACCAUUUGGUUUAAUAAAUUUUAAAAAAAAUGAUACUUUUGUUGAUUGGGUGCGUGUACCAGAAAGAAAUUAUCAACAAUGGAUCUUUGCACUUAAAAUUUGGCGUACUUGUUCCAUUGUUCUCGGUAUACUUUGUUUAAUUUUUGCUGCACUUGUUCUUACUUAUAUAAUUCAUGGUUUUCUUACAAAUUCUACUGGCCCUUUUGGUUGUUUAGGUGAAGUUAAAUCGGAUGAUCAUUUAAUAUUAUCUGAUGCAAAUCUACCUGCUAAUCUUCAACAAUUUACUAUAAAACAUGAACUUAAACAAGCACAACAACGAGAACAAGAAGUUCGCCGAUCAAACUAUGAUAUUGAACGACAUUUACCAUCUGUUUUACGAAAUCCUACAGUUUCUCCAUUAUAUACUGAUCAAUUAGCAUUGAAAACUUCACUUAAAUAA